AUGCUUCUCGACGAAAAGGAUCGACUCCAGUUUAUGACAAUGCGAUGCGUCUGUCCCCAGUGGCGCUCUGUCGCGUUCACCACUCAGGAUCUGUGGCGAGGGUUGGAGGUAACCCUCCCACUUCAAGGCCGCGAUCGCGUUGCCCUGCCCGCGAAAACAAAUUUGGAAAUCCUCAAUUCAUGGUUCAACCGCGGAGGGACAGGGAAUCCCCCUUUACGCUUCGUGGUGACUCUCUCAGCACGGAAGGAAUACGGAUGCUCAAAGGUCGCGGAGGAUCUGUUCCCGUUGUUGUCCACCUUCCUCGUCGGGCGGAGUUGGGUUGAAUUUGGCUACUUCAGGCCUGGGAUGCAGCUUCACGGGGCCGAUUUGCUGGGAGAUGUGGAUGAAGCUUGGACAGAAGUGGGACUGACAGUCCCAGCCCAUCCAUGGAUUACGCUCCGCACGAUGAGCCUCGAUGUUGGAUACGAAGCAGAUUACACUCUCGGUACCGCCAACUUUCCAGCAUUGAAGAGUCUUUAUGUCACGGAAUGGGAAAUACACGACGACGACGAGAUGCCAGAAUUCAGUAUCGAGCACGAUGGAUUAGAGUCGUUGCAUCUCGAAUUCUGCAGUGCCGCUUCUGUGGAUCUAAUCGCCUUGGCUUUAUCCCAAGAGAGCGUUCCUGCACUCAAGGAUGUUAUUCUCGAGCAAUGUAACUUCAAUGGCCAUUCUCCCAACUCUUUAUCGGUGGAAGCACCAUCUCCCCCCGAAGCAAUCCGCUCCAACGCAUCCGUGGAGCGCUUGGUUGUGGUUGGUGAUGCAUCCAUAACUGGACUUCAUUGUCUUGCCUUGCCGCAACUCCGUGUUUUGCGUCUCGAUGUCGAUGGCGACGAGUUUACCGAAGAGACAUGGUCGUGCACCAUCAAACCAUUCUUGGAACGCUCGACUUCUCAUCUACACACGCUAUCGAUUGAAGGAUCCCAUCCGUUCGACUCGGAAGAGCUCGCGUUCCUCAUAUCCUCCGCUCCCUCCCUCCACACCCUCCGUGUCGCCAGCCUGGAGAGACUCUUCGACCGUAUUGACGGCCAGGAGGUCAGUUUGCCGCAUCUCUCGACCAUCGUACUAUCCCAGCCGCUCAGACCCAGUCACCUGCAUUCUUCGGCCAUGAAUGAAGCUGCGAGAUACUUUACUCAGCGUCUCGCAGCGAUGGACGGGCAGAGGCCUCCAGUGGUUCGGAUCGUUCACAGACUACCGCAGCACUGGAAAGUUUACGAGUGGGAUAGGUUGGAUGAGAGGCAGGUGGAGAAAGUGCAUGGGUUUCGACGCGUUGGCGUGGAAAUUGUGCGCGAUUUGAAGGGCUUCUUCCUUCAUUUACGCUGA